UGGUCGGUGAACUGUUCCUCAAUUAUAUGGCCCUCAAAAAUUACAGGUCCCACUCUUUUUGCUUGUACAGCCUAGGCUAGUCAUGUUCCUGACGUUGCCAAGGCCAGUUGAACACAAUCCUCCAGAGUGAACGGUUCAACUCUCCACCGAGUUAUUCUAUUCUUUUCGUGCAACAUCCGUGAGCGCAGCCGUCAUGUCCGACGCAAAUAGUGUUUCCACAACGGAAUAAUUCUAUAUUGGGUGCCAUAGUUGAAAAUGUUGAACAUACUCAUGAUGUUCGUCCGCCAUGGUCAAAAGUCCCGUAUACCACCACCUGAGCAUGUCUCUCUUGAGGUGAAAGUUCAAUAGCCGAAUAAAUAAACAACGCGAGGGUGUGGAGUUAGAGACAAGAGAAGAGAAUGAUCUAAGAUUGAUUCAGGCAAAUCUGUACAAUGCCCGAAGAACCAAACGAGCAGAAGUCACCCAAGACGCCCGUCUCACCCAAGCGAAUGAUGCGACAGAAACGAGACCGGCGUAAAAGGAGUCUUUUACGGAAGGCUUAUGAGUACAGCAAGCUGUGUGACGCCGACAUCUGCCUGGGUAUUCGCAUUCGAGAGUCUGGCGAAGUCACCACGUUUCUGUCCGACUAUACAGGAUUCUGGUCGGGCUUUUCUUCACAACUAGAAACAUACUAUCCGCGACCGAUCCGGAAAACAGACAAGGACUUUGACUCAGAUCCUACUGAUGAGGACAAAUCAACCACAGCCGAAACUGUCGGGGCAGCGGGGACGACAGGGGACAAAUAAUGAUUGUGUGAAGCAGACAUUGCACUGGUUAUCGGCCUGAAGUGCAAUGGCCCGAUCUUCACAUUUUACUCCAACAGCCAGUGGCAUCCCUCGCGCGAUGAGUUGUUAGGCAACCAAUUAUUCAUUGUAAAUAGUAGUGAUAUUAAAGCCUUUAAGAACACGUGCUGCCCAAAACCCAGUGAACUGACCUGGGUCGAGCUAGCUGCUCAAUAUGAGAUGGG